AAGAUAUUGAUGACACUUUCAGAUUUGGAAAGAUCGCGAUUAGUACAUUCAUUAAGAUUUGUGGGUCUGUACUUCCAAACAGAAUUUGUACAGAGAGAAAAUUCUGAAUAUGGCUUGAUUUGCUCUUGAUCUUGGCAGUGUUUCUAAUGAAUGUCCCAUGGACUCUAUCAAGUUCAGAGGGUUCUACUCUAGCUCUGAGGAGCAGAACCCUGAGCAGCAACCUGGUAUCAGUGAAAACAUUUCUUCAUCGUUCUCUUUAAAAGAGCAACAGAAAAUGAGUGAUUAUUCUGGACUUGCAAAUAACCAUAGCCAGAUGAUUGCUGAAGAUUCAGAAAUUCAGGCAAAGCCUGAACACUCUCAUGAAGUUCUUCAGGAAGAUAUUGAAAUGAGCAGUGGAUCCAGUGGAAACGACUUCAGUGGAAAUGACACAAAUGAAAACUACUCAAGUGGGCAUGAUUCUCAUGGCCAUGAAUCUGAUGAAAAUGGGAAAGAUUCAGCAAUGCUCAUGGAAUCUUCAGACUGUCAUAAGAGUUCAAGCUCAAAUGCAUUUAGUCUGAUGAUUGCAAACUCUGAACACAAUCAGUCUAGCAGUGGAUGCAGUAGUGAGCAGUCCACUAAAGCCAAAACACAAAAGGAAUUGCUGAAAACGUUACAAGAACUGAAAGCUCACCUUCCUUCUGAAAAGAGAAUUAAAGGCAAAUCUAGUGUCCUAACGACUUUGAAAUACGCCCUUAAAAGCAUUAAACAAGUUAAAGCCAAUGAGGAGUAUUACCAAUUGUUGAUGAUUAAUGAAUCUCAGCCUGCUGGACUCAAUGUGUCAUCUUACACUGUGGAAGAAGUUGAGACUAUAACCUCAGAAUACAUCAUGAAAAAUGCG